AACGGUACCAGUCAGAAGAAUGUUGCAUUCGCUUCACAGUUUUUCCUUUGCUCGCCGUGCUAGGAAAAAUUCGUUCAACGUUUCCGUUACUAUUAUUCGAAUAAUCGAAAACACUGGAGCGUACUAGAUUCGAUAAACAUUUACCAUAUCCAUAAAGUUUAUGCCCGGUAUUAUAUUACGUUCGGUUUUACUCGAAAAAUAGUUUUUAGAACCAUGACGGCGCCAUGGUUGUUGGCACUCUGUUUCGGAGCAAUUUUGUUCGCGAAGGAAAAUGGAGCGGCGUCUGAGACGGUCGAGAACCGGCCGAUUGAUGUAACGAUGGAAUGGAAGUUCUAUGACUAUGUGUUUGAGAAUUACACACAGAGAGAGGAGGCUAUAAAAUCCGGCAAUUACAACCGUUCCAAGUGUUUUCCUAUCGACGUCGAUGUGUGGUCUGAUAAAAUGUUUAUCACGAUAAUAAGAGACGAGGGUGUGCCUUCUUCGUUGAACAUUGUAUCCAAGAUGAAGGGUCCCGGUGGUCCUCUUCUCCAACCGUAUCCUAGCUGGGAGUGGGCCAAAACGGAUUGUACCGGUAUCACGAGCGUUUACAGAGUCUCGAUCGACGAGUGUAACAGACUGUGGGUGCUGGACACAGGUGUAAUCGGCACGAAACGAAUAUGUCCCGCGCAACUCCUCUGCUUCGACCUGAGGAGCUCGAAAUUACUGAAAAAAAUUCAGAUACCGGAAAAUAUCGCGGUGAAUUCUACGACGGGCAAGGGAUUGCUGGUCACUCCGAUCGCCCAAACGCCAGACGACGAUUGUUCGCGAACUCUGGUGUAUAUGGCAGACGUGGAAGGUUAUGCUUUAAUCGUGUACGAUGGCGAGAUGCUGAGACGGAUAACUUCGGACAAGUUGCUAUACGAUCCAGAAGAAACAACUUACACGAUCGAAGGGGAGAGUUUCGAGUUGCAGGACGGACCUGUAGGAAUGGCCGUGUCCCCUAUAACCAAUAGACUUUACCUCAGUCCCAUGUCGUCCAGAAACCUUCUUUUCACGUACACUUGGCCGUUCGUUAUGCGACGAAGGCACGAGGACAUCUCUUUCCGAGAGAAAAUGAACUUUUUGCCCGCUCAAUCGAGUGCCAAGGCGGUUUCGCGGAAGGGAGUUCUGUUCAUGGGACUGAUAGGUGAGACGGCGAUCGUAUGCUGGUGCGAAGACAAGGUGUUGAAGACCAGCAAUUUGGUGACGAUCUCCCGUAAUUCCAGAACCCUUCAGGGCAUUACGGGCCUGAAAGUUAAGUAUGGAAAGUUACAUUCGUCGGACGUCCUUUUCGCGUUGACGAAUCGUUAUCAGAAAAUAGCGGCAGGUACUAUGAAUUUCAACGAGAUUAAUUUCCGUGUUUUGAAACAAUACGUGGACAUUCUGGUAAACAACACUGCUUGCAUGCCAACUCCCAAGAAAUGGGGAUAGUAACGAACGAUUCGAAUGGUAGAACCAACGACGGGGUAUAUUAACAAAUUAAAAAUAAUCUUGUGUAAUUUCUUAUGAUGUAUGUAUGUACGUACGUACGUACGUACUUACGUACGUUCUGCCGUGGGGAAAGUAACGACACACACGGACGUACCAAAUAAAUCGAAAUUUCUUGCUGGAUGUAAAAACGAUCGAUCGUUGACUUUUUCCCCGAAAACCCCUCCUCGAGACUAUGUAUAGUGUACUUAUGUGUAUUGCUGCUUCUCGUCCGCUCUGCACCACUAAAAAUAAUAAUUAUCGUCCUCGGAUCUAAAAACAGUUUUCGAACGGACAAACGCUGUUGAUCGUGGUUCGUUUGUUUUUCAAACUUGCGUAAUUCCCUCCGUUCGGACAAUAUUAUCUUUUUCGAGUACGCUUAAAACCGUCUCGGACAUUGCUCCAUCAUUUGCGUCGACCUAAAAAUUCGAUCGUGAAUUUCGUAACUGUCCUAUAGACGCGUCGUUUCAGCAGCUCGGAUUUUCUGCAAAUUCACGUAGGCAAAAGCUCCCCGAUUACGAGUCACGAUACCGUAACUUUCGCGGAUCCCCGGCUGCCGGAAUCUGUGCGUAUAAAAGACAGAGGCAUACCGAACCACUUGGUCAGUAUGUAAUAAUUCCUUUCUUCUUCCUCGCGUCCGCAUAAUAGAAG